CGACCCUUGGCCUGGUCGCUCGAGGUAUCCGCAUCGGAAAGCGGCGAAGACUGGCGCAUGAUCCGAGCGUAUGGAGACAAAGACCAUUGCAAGAAAAUUUGGGAUUUGCGACCAGAGCGACGGAGGAGGAAAGCUAGGGCGGCAAAGAGAAUUAAUAGAGCUCAUAAAAUUAGUUGUUCUACACAAUUUGCUAAUUAUAAACCAUUAGAAAAUGGAGAGAUGCAUGUGGCUGUCGGCGAAGGAGUAUCAGCUCGAAGAGUUCGUAUAUCGUUUCGCGGCGCUCACCUGACUCCGUCUCGGCAGCAGUACUACACCGUGCGAUCCCUGACGUUGGCGGCGAGAUGCUUGUGCCAUGGACACGCCCAGCGAUGUGCUGUCGAUAAUAAAGGUGCGAAAUGCGAAUGCUUGCAUGCUACGUGUGGAUCUCAUUGCCAUCGAUGCUGUUCUGGUGGAUCUUGGGCUCCACACAAAAUCUGUGAUGAGACGCUGGAGUGCCUCUGCGGAGAACGGGGACAGUGCUCUUUCGAUGACACUGGCGCUACUCUGUGUCUUAACUGUACGGAAAAUCGAGGUGGACCAUCAUGCGACAAAUGCUUAUUCGGAUAUUACAAUACGGCGUCGGACGGGCCGUGCGUGCUCUGUGACUGUGACCCUGAAGGAUCUGAUGGUUCCUGCGAAUGGGACAACAAGCGUCACCGAGUAUCGUGCAACUGUCUUCCUGGCUUCGCCGGGCACCUCUGCGACUUCUGCGAGUCCUCGAACGCUGUUUUUCCUUUAUGCCAUGACAUCCCCACCGAACCGCCGUGCAAAUGUGACGUCAGAGGCAUCGUGGAUCCCACAAGAGAGUGCGAUGAAGUCUGUGAAUGUAAACUUAACGUGAUAGGAGAGCGAUGCGACACGUGCGCCCCUGGACACUUUGGGCUCAGCUCUGACCUGAGGGAAGGUUGUAGACCCUGCUAUUGUUCACACGUUACAGACAUCUGCGAGCUUGCUGCACCAGACCCCAACACCCCUCAUGAUAUAGUCCUGCCGCUGGGCGAAGCGUGGAUGAUCAGCGAUUCCAUAGCUAACGAGACGCUGGAACCAUCAUUGGAUGAACAAGGGAAACCUUUUGUCAUUAGUUACGAGGUAGAAGGGUGGGAGAACUUCUACUGGCUGAGCAGAUCUUUCAACGGUGAACAAUUUGAUUCGUAUGGCGGAGAAAUCAGAGCAAGCUUAUUCUGGGGCGUAGUACGUGGUGAUUCCGGAGGAAAUCCUACCGUUGGUCCUGAUGUGAUGCUGAUUUCUGCUGACGGCAGAAUGCUAGCGUACGCCAACGCAACCCACGAAACUCCUGGACAACUGGAGCUUUCCGUACCACUGAUCGAAGGGAGUUGGUACGUGGUGGGAGAUGAUGAACCUUGCAGCCGUUUGCAGCUGAUGGACGCGUUGCGAGAUCUUCGAACUCUCAUGAUUAAAGCUCAUUUUCAUAUGGACCAGGAUGAGAUCCGCCUGGAAAACGCUGAAAUCCGUGCCCCCGUUACGCCAGUUAGCGAGGUGUGCUCUUGUCCUGCGGGGUACACUGGAGUCCAGUGCUCAUCGUGCGCGUGGUCUCACGCCAGGAUCCUCCACGCAGCGGGUGCAGUGCCACCCUUCGAGUGCGUGCCCUGCGCUUGCAAUGAACACGCCUCUUGUGAUACCGUGGAAGGCCCUUGUGGCUCUUGUCAGCACAACACGACCGGUGCUCACUGCGAGCGCUGUCUUCCCGGCCAUUAUGGAAAUCCGGUUCAGGGUGCUUGCAAGCCGUGCGCCUGUCCAUUGUACCUGCCUUCGAAUAACUUCAGCCCGAACUGCGCUCUAGCCUCUGCUGAAGGCGACGAGUUCGUCUGCACUCAAUGUCCUGACGGCUACACCGGAGACCACUGCGAAAAUUGUGAUUUCGGGUACUGGGGCUCCCCCACGACACCCGGCGGCUCGUGUCAAGAGUGCGCGUGUGGGGGGUCGCCGUGUCAUCCCACUACUGGACUUUGCCUCACUUGUCCCCCGCACACAGAGGGCGCUAGGUGCGAUUUAUGUCAGGAGGGUUACUGGUUUGGAGCGGGCGGGUGGCAAGGGGCGGGCAGCGCGUGCGUGGAGUGCGCGUGCGGCGCCGGAGCCCUGUCUGCCGCCUGCGACGCCAGGAGCGGACUCUGCGCUUGCAGACAAGGCUGGGCUGGACGGGCCUGCGACUCCUGCGCUAGAGGACACGGAGGGCUAUCAGCUGGAUGUCCAGUAUGUCGCUGUGGGAUCGCAGCACGAAACAACAUCUGUGAUCCUGUCUCCGGCGGCUGCCUCUGUGCGCCAGGCGCAGCACCGCCAUCUUGUGACAAUUGCUUAGAUGAACACUAUGGCCUCGACGUUUCCGGCUGUCAAGGUUGCAAUUGUUCCUCAAUCGGUGCUGAAGGCAACUCGUGCGACAUACGAACGGGCCAGUGCCGCUGUAAGUCCCACGUCACCGGCAGAGCCUGCGAUGUGUGUGACGAAGGCUACUGGGGCUUGGACAGAGGUGGCUGCAGACGGUGCGAGUGUGGGUCUGGCGCUUCGUCAUGCGACCCCGUGACGGGAGUCUGCGCCUGUGCCACGGGGGUCGGCGGAGUGCAAUGCGACCGAUGCUUACCUGGAUACUACGGCUUUGGACCUGCCGGGUGUUUGCUUUGUCCCGUUUGCUCGGAAGGAAAAGUUUGCUCUCCGACUAGUGGUCGUUGCGUGUGCCCCGGAGGGUCGUUGGGCCCGGGCUGUAAACAGUGCGCGCGUGGGUACUGGGCCACGUCGCCAGGACACUGCCGGCCCUGUGCUUGCGGACAAGGAGCUCUAAACAAUAACUGUAAUCCACAAAGCGGGCAGUGCAAGUGCAGACCUGGCUGGGCUGGGCUCGUCUGCGACGUAUGCGCGUUCGGACACCACGGACCCAAAUGCAAGCCGUGCGACUGCAACCUCGCUGGCUCGAAGGGCUGUAGCUCGGACUUGUGCCCUUGCGAUAACCGGGGAAGAUGUAAUUGCAAGGAGAACGUUGUGGGGGAGAAGUGCGAGAAGUGCCUCGAAGGCACGUUCGGUCUGGCCGCGGAGAACCCCGUCGGCUGCACGGCUUGCUUCUGCUUCGGUCGCGCGGCGCAGUGCUCGCAGGCGGAGCUGGCGCGGGCCGCCGUGCACGCGGCCUCGCCCCUACACAUAGAGCUGCAACGAUCCAAAGACAAUACUGCCAUCACCACCAUGGACCAAGAUUCUCUCUUAGCGAUUCACACGCACUCGCCCGAAGCCACCAUCAGCCUGCCAUGGCCACCGGCUCCGGUCUACGUGGAACUCGACAAGCGCUUCCUUGGGGAUCGAGUGACAUCGUACGGUGGACUCAUCAAGUUUCGAAUAGAACAAGAGGGGGGAGUGGAACUAGAUCCAGAAGUAAAGGCCAAGUUUCCAUUAGUCAGGAUAUAUGGAAAGAACAUUGUGCUGGACCAUUACGAGCACGUGCCUCCUUUAAACGGGAGUUACUCGAUCCGUCUCCACGAGUCGCUCUGGUGGGUCCGCGGCCACAACGCGCAGAGCUCCCGCGCCGCGCUUAUGCUGGCGCUGCAGAGGGUCGACAGGAUCCUGCUGAGGGUCACCACGAGAGCGCCCAGCUAUGAUGAGCGCGUCCAUGCUUUGCUAUUAAACGUGUCCCUAGACACAGCCAUCCCGGGCCUGAGUCGCUCAGCCCCAGCGCUAGGGGUUGAGAUCUGCGCGUGCCCUCGCGGCUACUCCGCCUCAUCGUGCCAAGAACCAGACAUAGGCUUCUGGAUGCCGCCACCGAGGGUCCACUUGUCUACCGUGAAGGGAACCAUCGUUAUCAGCCUGGAAGGAGAAGCGCAGCCUUGUCAUUGUCAUAACAGAGCUACGAAGUGCGAUCCAGAAACUGGAUAUUGUUUGAACUGCACAGCUGGUACCGGGGGCCCUCGCUGCUCGAUUUGUGCGGCAGGAUUCUACGGCAACCCCAACGCUCCUGCGGGCUGUCAGCCCUGCCCCUGCCCUUCCAGGGGCAAGAAUUUCGCGUCCGGCUGUAACGUUGCAAUGGGCCGAGUGCAAUGCCUCUGCAAACCAGGCUACAGCGGGCCGCGAUGCGAGUCGUGCGCCGUGGGAUACCGGCGCGACGCUACGGGCGGGUGCGCGCGCUGCACGUGCGGGCGCGGCGCCGUGUCGCGGUGGUGUGACGCGCACGACACGUGUCGGUGCCGGGACUACGCCACCGGGCCCACGUGCGACACCUGCCUCGCUCCCAGGACUUACAUGGACACCGAUGGAUGCAUGCCAUGUGACAACUGCACGCAGACAUUAUUGGACUCAAUUGAAGAAGCCUCGUCGAAUUUACGCAAAAAUGCCAAUCCGGCUGAAUUAAAGCGCAUCCCCAAGCCAUUCCCGGCUUUAAAAGAGUUCGCACGCAAUACUACAAUGCUAAAAACCACCUAUGAUUCUCUAAAGAAAUACCUAGAAAACGUUUCAGGACUAGAUAAUUCGAUCGCGAAUUUAGAAGCAACAGAACACAGACUGUUUACAGAAGCGAAUCGAUUAAAGUCGGAAGCUUCUAGACGCUUAGCAGAAGGAGACUACCUGAGCUUAGAGAGCGUUAGCGCUUUGGAGGAUGUGUUGCAAUUGAGGAGGAGGUUGGGCGAGCUGGUGGAGGAUCUAGAUGAGUUCGCGAAAGAGGAAAAGCAUUUAAGUGCUCACCGAGCACUGAAGGAAGCGAGACAGCUUUUAAAAGAAAUCAGGAAUGUUCAGCUUACUGAUUUCACCGCUUCGGUUAAUGAUGUUUUUGAUAUGGCGAACCUCCAGACGACAUCACUGAAAGAAUAUAAAUAUCGAAUCGAUGAUACGUAUAAACGGGUGAAGAAACUCGGUGAAGCGCUGACCGAGUGGGAGAAGAAAGCAGCUGACCUCCACCAUCUGGGCCAGGCGGUGUGGGACGCCGGCGACCAACUUGUUCAGCUUCAGGAGAAGGUGAAGCCGAGACUUGCUGCGGUCAGAGACAUCGGACUCAGAUGUCGGCUGAUACUUGAAGACAUAAACUCCCUAUCCACAAACAACUUGACCGACGCAAUCGGAGCCAUCCUGCUUCAAUCUCAGACCCUCGCAAUCAAGUUUCCCAGCAUCGACGCGGAGCUAAAGGUGCUCACCCUUGCUGCUGAGGAGAAGGAGGGCAUUCUAUAUAGUCUAACACCAGCUUACAGGCAGAAGUACUUGGAACCGGUUGAGAAACACGUCAAGCAGUUGGCCGAGAAAGCUAUCGAAUAUAAAAAUCUAUUUGCGGGAAGUCGCGCCGCAGCUUCCCUGGGCGUGUCGGCAGCGCAGGCCUGGUCCCGGGUGGCCUCCCUAGUCCAGGAAGCCAGUGAGGCAGCAGAGGAGGCGACUAGAGCAGCCGCAGCCGCCUCCAGUCUCGCUCGCGGCUCAGAACCCAUGCUGCAACUCGCCGGAAAGGGGAAGAACAGCUCUGAAGAUCUAAAGAUGAGAGGAGCCGCUGUGUUGGCCAGAGCUGAAGCCCUAGGCGUAGAGUUGGAAGGCUUAGCCCACGCCACGGACGCGACCAGCGUGACGGUGCGCGGCGCGGCGUGGCGCGUCAGGUCGCUGGGCGCUCGGCCGGAGGCGCGCGUGCUGCCCGUGCUGGAGGCCGCCAGCGCCGCGGCCGACAGGCUGUUCCUCACCACGCGAGCCCUGUACGACGAGGCUAGCGAUGUCAGGCGGCUCAUACGGUAUCACAUAAGGAAGCAGCUAGCUGAACUACAGCGUCACGGCGACACCGCGCUAGGAGCCGCUCAGGAACAUGUGUCUCAGAUCCGCGGGAACACGGCCCGCGGCGCCGAGGUGGCGGACGCGCUCGCCGCCGCCGCCGCCGCCCGCGCCCGCCAGCACCGCCGCGCCGACCGCACGCUCCGACCCGCGCUCGCCGCGCUCAGGGACAACAUUGAGAGGGCCCGGCAUGCUGCUGAUUCGAUUUCUGUAUCACUGACCUCAAGUCCCGGAGCGCCUGCGGGUUGCUCCCGCGCUUUUCCUACCGAUGGCGCGUCCGGUGCCGUCACACAAAUCGCCAUCGACGUGUCGUUCGACAAUACUGUCAGAGACGGACCUCUCAUACAUUUGGUUGGCGAAAUACAGAAUGACGUAGAAACUUACAUGAAACUGGUGGUGGAGAAGCAAAGGUUGAAGUUGACGUGGAACCUGGGGGGUGAUGAAGGGCUGAUCCUACAUCCUCAACUGCUCCAGUCUACACACGACGACGCCGAUCAUACGUCGUAUAGAAUCGACAUUGAAAGGAUAUGGAACGUUGUGGAGUUGCGCCUGGAACAGGCUGGCGGGGCGGUGACGUCAGCGCGGAACAGUAGCGCGCGGGGGGCGGCGCUGCGGGUGCGGGGGCUGUGGGCGGGGGACGCGGCGGGCGGGGGGCUGCCCGCCUGCGUGCACGCGCUGCGCAGUGCGGGCCGCCCGCUCGGCUUGUGGCGCGGUGUGGGCCAGCCUAAAGAUGCCGCCUGCACCGGCUGUACGCACAGAUGGAUGAGUUCGGGGCGCGGCGACUCCAUGACCUGGUUCGACGGGGCUGGUUACGUAGAGCUACGUCGCUCAAGACUGCGCCCCGUUGACAGAAGGCAAUUCUCAAUAGCAUUCACCUUCCAAACGAGAGACGAAAAUGCUUUAUUAUUUAUGGCUACUGACAUUGCCAAUAAUCGUUCAGUGACAAUAGUAAUGCGUGAAUGCCGAGUGUACUUUAUAGUCGAGUACACAGGAUCCAGGCUGGAACUGGUGGCCCCCGGACGCCACUGUGACGGGAGGCCGGCACAUCUGCAGGCCAUCAGGGCGUUUGCCGCAAAUAAUCUUGAGAAAGGCAGCCUGCGUGUUAACGGCGAGGAGCGGCUGGGCUCCCCCUCCCCGCCCGUGCACCUCCCCGCCGCGCUCCCCGACCUGUCCGCCGCGACGUAUGCCGUGGGGGGUCUGCCGCCCGGACCCGCGGCCCCGGCGCCCCCCCUGCGCGGCUGUCUCGGAGCCCUGUCUAUCGAUAGAGAGGGCUACGACCUGCUGGACACUCCGACGAGACACGGGGUCGAGCCGAACUGUGGCGCCAGGACCAUCCGCUCGGCUAUAUUCGAAGGCUCAGGCCACAUCGAGCUGCCAUCGCCCGUCUUCCGCCGUAAAGCAGCGCUGGGCAUCUCCUUCAGGGCUCGUGCUCCAGACGGCCUGAUUCUCUUCAGAGCGCCCUCCAAUCUGUCGGCUAACGAAGUGGACGAAGAUGGUGACGGACAUUUUAUUGUGUUGGCUCUUAUUAAAGGUGAGCUUGAAGUGAUCGCGUCGGCUGGGAAGAGUGAGCUAGUUCUGCGGACCAACGGGACCAGGUUCGAUGAUGGAAUGCUCCACUCUGUCCAAAUCAUCAGGAUACAUAAACAGGUAAUAGAUAAUAAGACUGAUCUUCCUGGAUGGGAGAUCCUAUUGUUCAAGUCCAAUGCGAUGGUCAGACCAGAUACAUUCCACUCUCAACGCUUUAGUCCAGGUUGUUAUCCACACAGCCGAGGAUAG